AUGGCGGCGGAUUUGAUGACGAAACUUACACAGGAGGGCGGAGGAGAGUCUGCGGAGUUCUUGAACGAUAUAGUGAAGCUGCUAUGGCCGAACAUAAACGCAGCCGGCUCCAAGAUGGUCAAGGAGAUCGUGGAGCCAAUGUUCAAGACCAUGCUCCCGGGACCACUCUCAACUCUCCAGUAUGACUAUUUUCCUUUUAAAUCAUCUGGUGUUGAGGCGCGGCCACUGCCGAUGCUCAGAUCAUCCGUGAGAGACGGUGGCUAUAUUCUCGACCGUGGCGCUCGUGUCACGGAUGGCUGGCCACAAUUGCUGGUCAGCGACGGAGAACAGCUCUUCAGCCCUCUUCUUUAUCUUGGGCCUGUUCCUCUGCGAGUGUCAAACGCAAAGACCACAAAAAGCGACGUCGAUGGCAUCAAGCUUGAUCUCAACGUCGACUGGGUUGGUAAAGCUGACAUCGAGAUGGACGCGGACUAUAUCCCAGCCCUUGGUGUCGAGUCGAUCGAAUUGCAUGGCCGUCUCAGUAUACUACUUUGUCCGCUGACCAACGUCAUUCCACUGAUCGGAGCGGCGCAGAUCUCCUUUGUGAAUCCACCAGUCCUCAAACUGGAUUUCACAGGUGCUGCCAAUGUGGCUGACUUCAGCCUGAUUGAUGACACUGUCCGGGGUAUUAUUCUGGGCAUCAUCAACAGCAUGUUCACCCUGCCCAACCGCUUUCUCCUAAAACUCGACGCCAAUGCCGACUACUUCAAGACCUACCACUACCCCGUCGGCAUGCUCCGCUUGACGGUCGAGAAAGCACAUGGGUUUUCCGAGGAAAGCAAAGGUUCAGCUCGCCGGCUUUUCAAUAAGCUUACCGCUGCCGCGCCCGACUGCUACGCUAAAGUCGAACUUGGUGGAGAACCGGCGUGGAACACACAAACAAAAAGCAAUACGCACAAUCCUGCCUGGAACGAGACCCACGACUUCGUAGUCAGCGACUUCGAUCAAAUGGUCAAGGUUGACGUAUACGAUUCCGACGUCAAUUCCGACGAUCAAGUUGGCUUGGGCGUAACCACAGUCCGCGAGCUCCUCUUGAAAGGCGGCAAACAAGAACUGCCACUCCUGCUCAAGGAGAAGGAGACAUCUGGAAGGGUGAACAUAUCCGGGCAGUUCUUCAAAUACGUCCCCGACGCCGGCUCCCUGACGGCCUCUGACCACAAGGGUGAUGGCCGCCUCUCGGGGAUUGCCUCCAUCCUGAUCGCCAGCGCCUACGGGAUCAAAGGCGAGCGCGAGAAAUUGAAGCCCUCUGUGGUAGUCACAUGGGGCAAGGACCAGCGCUUCCAAACUGCCAUAAAGGCCGACGCGCCAGGGACGGACAUCAACAAUCCCUCCUUUGACCAGUCAUUCCGCAUCCCCAUCACGACGGACCUGGUGGGCAGCAAUCCCGAUAGCUUCAGGAUUGCACUUUUGGACGGAGAGCGGGAACUCGGUGCUGCAGACAUCCCGUUCAAGCAAGUGGCGGAGGCCAAUGACAGGGUACUGGCGCAGAAGUUUGAUGUGGGCAAUGGUGCGACUGUGAGGGCAAGCAUCCGGGUGAGAGGCGUGGUUCCGGGCGAGGGUCCACCCGCGCAGAGCCAGCAGACGUUACCAAGUAGGUCGAAGUAA